AUGCAGUCAAGUGCGUACACAAGACAGAUUACAAAGAGAUUCAAGCUUGCCAAACAUGUCAGAGAAAUUUACAAGCACCGAAAUUUGAGCUUCUUUCCGCUCCAUUUUAAGUUUUCCAAACCAGUUUUGAUACUUUCAAGGGAAAUACAAACUGCUUUUAACUCAGUUCUUUUAGUUAAGGAUUUUUAUUUCGUAAUUUGCAGUUGUCUCUUGAGUGGAGAUGAUGAAAAGCAGCUUAAGAAAUUAAACGAAGACAUUGUUCUAUUCAAAGACGAGUUUAUUGCUGAAAUUGAUGAAUUUAAUGGUCAUAUCAAUCAGAAUCACAACCAUGGUUCAAGGCUUGAAGCCGUUUUGAACUAUUUAAGAAUCAGCCAUCCACAAGGAACCUUUGACAUUCUGACACAAAGUAACCUCAAACAAUACGUAAAUCAUUUACCUGUUUUUGAUGUUGUGUUUAAUCAAAUGAGUUUCUAUCAAUCCAACACCCGUGUCUUUGAGCCUUAUCUGGAAAACCUAGACUUUCUACACAGAUCAGGAAAAGUUACAAAGGGAACGUUGAUGAUCAACCCACUCAAUAAUCUUGAGGGUGAAGUUGUAGAAAAAGAAAAGAGAACAAAAAUCUAUGAUAGAAACAUCAACAGGGCAAUGCAUGGAGAUGAGGUAUUUCUUGAAAAUGACAAAGUUGUCGGAAUUUUCAAAAGGAAAACAAGGAUUGUCGCAGGCACAGUGUUUAAACUGGAAAAUUUCAAUGAUAGUGCACGAAUCGGAUAUGUCCGACCAAUAGACAGGCGAUUGCCUGAUAUUUUUGUACUAACUCACUUAAAUGCUUCCGAUCUGUUCAAAAAGGUUGUCGUUCAUGUUCUUGACUGGGAAUGUUCAAAUGAAAAUCCCCGUGGCGUAAUAUUUAAAUUCUUGGGUAAAAAUGGUGUGUUUGAAGAUGAGGUGAAUGCCAUAUUCGAGCAUUUUCAAAUCGAGUACUUCAACAACAAUUGGAUUGAUGUGUGCAACCGUCGAAGAGAAGAGAUUGGUGAAAGAAUCCUGCAGUGUUCCGAUGACAAUACGCCUGGGGGCUUGGGAUUCGACAGCUUUCAUUUCUCUAUUGAAAGAGUUAUGAAAGAAGUCUUAGAUGGUAAAAGAAAGGAUCUGAGAGACCUUGAUAUCUGCUCAAUCGAUCCUAAAGGAUGCACAGAUAUUGAUGAUGCCCUUCAUUGUCGGGUCUACGAUGACCACAUCGAAGUUGGUGUUCAUAUUGCCGAUGUCUCAUCCUAUGUUCUACCUGAUUCAGUUUUAGAUAUUGAAGCAAGGCAUAGAUCAACUACCGUGUAUUUUCCAGAUAGAAGGAUUGAUAUGCUUCCACCAUUUCUCUCUUCAAAUCUUUGUUCUCUCCUUGAAGGAAAUGAUAGAGCUGCAUUCUCUUGUAUUUGGAAACUUGAUAAAGGUUUUAAUAUCAUCAAUGCGGAUAUAUUUAGAUCGUUGAUCAGAUCCAAAGCUGCACUUACAUAUGAAGAAGCUAACGAUAUUAUAAAGCAUGGAUCGGCUGUAUCAUCUACAAGAAAUGCAUUGAGACCAGCACUAAAACUUCUUUUAGAGAUUGCAACAAGACUUCGAACUCAAAGAUUUGAGAAUGGCGCACUGGAAUUGAGUGGACAGGAGAUCCGUAUCAAUCCUGAUGGUGAAAUUGAGAUAAAAGAGUCUAUACCAACACACUAUCUUGUUGAAGAAUUUAUGUUAUUGGCCAACAUAACGGUUGCCUCGUUUAUUCAUAAGUUUAAUCCAGAGUAUUCUCUGCUUAGAAAGCACCCACUUCCAUCUGCAAUAGAGUUGGACAUUGUUGAUGCUACAUCAUCCAAGAGCUUGAAUGACUCUUUGAAAAAACUCGAUCAGGAACAGUCCAUGAUUGUGAAACGUAUUAUCACAAGAUCUAUGCAACAGGCCCUGUAUUUUUGUAGUGGUGAAUCUUCUGAUUUCCAUCAUUACGGCCUGGCUACUGACAUUUACACCCAUUUUACUUCACCUAUUAGACGAUAUCCUGAUAUUAUUGUUCAUAGAACUCUUUCGUAUAUUCUGGAUAAUAACGAAAUAAUGAUUGACCAUCUGAAAGACUUCGUGAACACCAAGGCAUGUUCAUUAAUGAAUUUUAGACACCGAAAUGCUCAAAACGCAUCGAGAAUGGCUGAAGAGCUCUUCAUUAUGCAUGUACUUGACGAUAGAGAUCUUAUGGCCCAUGUGGUUAGUAUUAGGAGUAACGGUGUGACUCUAUUCAUUCCUAUGUAUGGGAUUGAGGGCUUUGUUCGUCAAUCCACCCAGUACAAGCUGUUUGAUAGUCUUAAGGUCCGUGUCAAUAGGAACUUUCCAGAUUACUGCUUGAACAGGUUCCUUAAAAUUGAAAUUGUCCAGUGA